AUUUCAUCAUCCAGAGAACAGGAGGUUCUCCUGCCACAGCAAAUGUAAGGAAACACGUCAAACGAAUUUGAAAGUAUGGUUGUACUCUACGAGAGCGAGCCAUUUCGUUUUAUUUGUGGACAGUACAGGAGCCAAAAAGGAAUGACGAAGUUCACCGCGAGCGCUAUGGAACAAGCAGACAUCACCAGGCGCCGCUCAACGAUCGUGCCGCUCCGCUUUGUACUGCUCGCGCAAGCCGCCAUGCUUCUGCUGUUCUGCAGCAUCCGGUGCGCAGCGCUGAGCGAUGAGGAGCGCGCAACCAUCGUCCGGCUGCACAACCAGAUACGAAAUUCGGUGGCCAUGGGCAAAGAGAAGAAAUGGCCGGCCGCGUCCGACAUGCUGCAGAUGAGCUACAGUCUACAGUUGGAGGAGCUCGCCCAGACCCACUUAUCGAACUGCGUGUUUGAGCCUGGCUGUAUAGGCUGCAACAUCGGUCUCGACAACCGGCCGGGACAGAACUUGUACGCCAUGGCUGGUCCCGCCAAUUGGACCCGCGCGGUGAACUUUUGGGGCGAGGCACCCAUCGACUUCGUGGCGCCCAGCGAGCCGGGAAGCCCCGUGCGCAUCAAGGUCUCUGUGCUCAGCCAGAUUCUGUGGAGCAAAUCAAACAAGGUCGGUUGCGCCUGGAAGGACUGCACCUACAAGACCGGCAACAGCAUGUAUCUCUGCAACUACAUGCCAGCGGGUAACGAGAUGGGAGGCCACGUGUACAUGAGCGGUGCGCCGUGCAGCCGUUGUCCCAAGGACACCUGUUGCUCGCACCUCUGCCCGCACAAGACACAACCUGCCUACGAGGGCCUAUGCGCUCCCAAGUAGGAGGAUGGCGAAGCUGGUGCAUGCUGCCUUUGAUUAAAGGAAUUGAAACUGAAUAAUAAAACACAUUUGCUGUGAUAAGAUAA